AUGUGGUUCACCUUUUCUGGUGGCGCCGGAUACAGUCCUAAACGGUAUCUAAAAAGAACCAUUUGCUCCCCGCCAACCAGAGGACUUCCCCCUGGACGGCAUCUUCUCAACGUUGGCACUUACUAUCGAUUGUUGCUGUUGACCUCAGGUGACGUGGAACAGAAUCCCGGUCCAAAGCUAACAAUACAAUGCCUGAAUAUUGACGGGAUUCGAGGAAAGACGGCGGAACUUGCCAGUUUUUUGGAGGAGAACCGAAUAGAUAUCUGUCUUCUCCAAGAGACGAAACUUUCGAAACGGAUCCCUACUCCUCUUUUUGCUGGAUACGAUGCACUACGAUGUGACCGCGAGUCGGAGCAUGGAGGGGGUCUACUGACCCUUAUAAAAAGAGGAAUAAAAUAUUUCGAGAAUCCCUUACCGUAUACAAGCCUAAAGAAGGACUCCAACACCGAAAUAAUUGGAAUCUCACUUAUGACCUCCUACGGAAGACUUGAAAUCGCCAAUGUCUACGUACCUCCCCCAGGUUCAUGCAAGAAGGGCUAUCGUUUUGACCUAUCAAGCCUUGAUAAAUUGGAUAACUUACUCUUAUGCGGAGAUCUGAACGCGAAGCAUCCCGCUUGGUUCAGAUAUCAGACUGCCGAUGCCAGAGGAAACCUUUUGAUAUCGCAAUUGCAGAAGUUAAUAAUCCUUAACAACCCGAAAAAGAACACUCGAACACCCUACAACUCUAAGGACACGAGGACAUCGCCAGAUCUAUCAAUCUGCUCACCUCGGCUUUCCCCUAUCAUCAAGUGGUCGGUCCGCUAUGAUCUCCGAAGUGACCACCACUCAAUGAUAAUGAGAAUGAACUGUUCUCCACAUCUCAUACUGAAACCAAAUUAUUUCUAUGAUUACGAAAACGCAGAUUGGAAUGCUUUCGCAAAUUACGUCGAUUCAAGACUCCAGAACUUUCACCCUAAGAAUUUUUCUUCCUUGGACAGGGCAGUGGAAAGCUUCAACAAAACUAUCAUAGAUGCAAGAAAUUUGAUUAUCAGAAGAGCAUGUAUAAGAAGUGGGAGCUCAAAAUAUGACUCAAGAACGAAAAAACUAAUCAGAGAAAGAACCAGCCUCAAGAAAAGAAAGUAUCGACCCAAAGUAAUCAUCGAUCGAAUCAGGGCUCUAAACAUGCUUAUUACGAAUAAUACCAACCAAGUCCAAAGGAAGAAGCUCAGCCGAAUCUCUAGAGCCAUGAAUAAACAAGCCUCUAUUUCGGCCAUGUGGACGAUGUUGAGACGCUUAAAGAAUCCUGACGAGCGUAAAACAGAAACAUACCAGCUCAAUCUAAACAAUUUUAUGAAACACUGUGUCAAGAUUAGUCAUAUUCCUUAUAAAAAAUGA